AUGCCCGCGGCCGCCCUCGCGGGAGCCGUUGCUCCGUGCGCGCGGGCGGUCGGCCGCACCUUGGCGGGGUCCGCCAUCCCGGCGGCCGCCGCCGCCGGGAACCGCCGCAGUUUCGCCGCCGAUGCUUUCAGGCCCCCAGAGAUCCGCGGCCUGGGCGCGCCGUUGCCAGUCGGCGGGCCGCCGCGGCUGCGGCUGCGGGGCCUUCCUUUCCACGCAACCGCCGACGAUGUGCGGCGGUUCUUCCGCGGCUUCCAGCUCGCGCCGACGAGCCCCCGGGGCGCGGACGUCGAGCUCCUGAGGGGCCACGCCGGGCGGCCCACGGGGCAGGGCUUCGCGUAUUUCGAGGACCCCGUGGAGGCCAUGCGGGCCGCGGACGCCCUCCACGAGAGGCCGUUCCGGGUGGACGGCACGCGGGUGUACCGCGUCGACGUGUUGGAGGAUUUCAAGGGCAGGGCUAUCGUGAAGGAGGAAGAUCGGGAGGAGGGGAAGCUCAGGACAAGCUCCGGAAGGGAAUGA